AUGUUUAGAUUCAUUUUUAUAUACCUUGUGAUAACCGAUAGUAAUAACCAGGAAACGAAUAUGUCAGGCGGACUUGAUACGUUUGCACUUCGAGAAGAGGAUGUGAUGAAGUUUUUAGCUUGUCAAACUCAUAUAGGAACUGUGAAUUGCGAUUAUCAAAUGCAGCAAUAUGUUUAUGAUAGGCGACCUGAUGAUGAGUUUUAUCUUUUAUUGACAAAAUGGAUUUUCCAAUGUUGGUUGCUUUUUAUUGAAGAACUUUUCAAACAGAAAUUGUGGAAAAUUCUGCAUUUCCAAAAUCAUAAAAUGAAUAUUUUUAUUUUUUCGUUGACGUUAUUGCUGGCAGCUCGAGCAAUAGCUGCUAUUGAAAACCCAGCUGAUGUGUGCGUUGUAUCGGCUCGGCCUUAUGCUCAGCGAGCUCUGCUUAAAUUUGCUUCUCAUACUAAUGCCACUCCUAUAUUUGGCCGUUUUACUCCUGGCUGUUUGACAAAUCAAAUUCAAAAACAAUUCAAGGAACCACGUUUACUAAUUAUCUCGGAUCCACGUGUCGAUCAUCAAGCUGUCACUGAAGCAUCAUAUGUUGGUGUACCGGUUAUCAGCUUUUGUAAUACCGAUUCUCCACUCAAAUUCGUAGAUAUAGCGAUUCCUUGCAACAAUAAAGGAUCGCAGUCGAUUGGGUUGAUGUGGUGGAUACUCGCACGCGAAGUGUUGCUUAUGAAAGGUAAAAUGACAAGGCAAACAGGAUUCAUACUCGAAGGCAAAGAAAUCAUGCCAGAUUUAUAUUUCUAUCGCGACCCAGAGGAACAAGAAAAGGAAGAACUUAUCGAACCUGUUGAAAAGGAACCAUGGGGAUCUGUUCCACAAGUUGAUACAAAGCUUGAUGAGUACCAGCCAAUGGGUACAGAAAUUGUGCAAAACAAGCUAGACUUUAGUGCGGUUCCUGAAGUUGGUGACUGGGCACAAGAAACAGCAAAAUGGGAUUCAAAGGCUCAAGUUGAUCCAAGUGGACAAGAAUGGGGAGGCACUAUGCAGAAUUGGUGA